GCUCGAGUUGUCACCAGGAGAGGGUGUGUGCCACACUCCGGCGCGGCCAAAACUUUCUUACGUCAAAUCAAUGGAUAUAACCUAACACGCCGCGAGUUUAACAAGUUAACAUGCUAUGUGCUUUGGUUCCAUAAGAAUUCCAUAUGGGUUAAAGUGUUUAACGUGACGUGUUGAAUUGCCAAUGAUGUGAAUUAGUUCUGUGCAGUGGUUAUAAAAAACCGAGUUAUGAGUAUUCAAAAGUGCCUUUUGGAUAACUCCAGCAGGAUGAUAAAGGCUAUGUCCACUGCGAAAUCGUCUAACAAUGAAGUCAAAACGGAUGUGCAAAGUGGUCUCAAAAAAUUGGGAUUGGCGAUGCUGACGCUGUCCAUGCCGAUCAUCGAUGACAAAAAGAAAAAAACCACUCGCAGUUGGAUUGAAAGCACUUUUCAGAAACGGGAGUGUAAGUGCUUCGUGGCCAGCGCUAAAGAUGAGCAUGUAUGCUGGUGUGGUCUAAGCAAAACUGCUCAUGGAGCAAACAUCCCCAUAGCACCAGUAGGAGAAGCAUGGUUACCGGCGAGGCACACGCAGCCAUCCCCAACAGACGCCUAUGGAACUGUGGAGUUCCAAGGCGGACCACAUCCCACAAAAGCACAGUAUGUUCGACUUUCACACGACACUCGUCCGGAGUUAAUAGUGCAACUGCUGACCAGAGAAUGGGCGCUGGAGAGGCCAAAGCUUCUAAUUACUAUCCAAGGAGGCAAGGCGAACUUCGACCUGCAGCCGAAGCUCAAAAAGGUGUUGAGGAAAGGUCUGCUAAAGGCUGCAAAAACUACUGGUGCCUGGAUCUUCACUGGAGGGACCAAUACAGGUGUGACGCGUCAAGUCGGUGACGCUCUCCAACUGGAGAGGUCACAGCGCGCUGGUCGCGUGGUCAGCAUCGGUAUCGCUCCGUGGGGGAUUGUAGAAGGCGCUAAUGAGCUCAUUGGUAGAGGGAGAGAUGUUCCGUACCAUGCUAUGGCAUCUCCGAGAUCAAAAUUGGCAGUACUUAACAACCGUCACGCGUACUUUCUGCUUGUGGACAACGGGUCGGUCGGCAGGUACGGCGCCGAAAUCGUGCUCCGGAGAAAGCUGGAAAAAUACAUCGCGGCGCAAAAGCUGCAUCCUUACACCCACUCAUCAACGCCCGUCGUCUGCCUCGUAAUAGAAGGCGGCACGAACACCGUUCGCGCUGUGCUGGAAUACGUGACAGACACACCACCAGUGCCUGUGGUGGUGUGCGACGGUAGCGGCAGGGCGGCUGACCUCAUUGCUUUCGUUCACAAAUAUGCAUCAGAGACCGGCGAGCAAACGGUCCUGGAGUCAAUGCGUGAUUAUCUCAUCGGCACCAUACAGAAGACCUUCGAGGUGGGAUUGCAGCAGGCGGAGUGUUUGUAUGGAGAACUGCUACAAUGUACCAGAAAAAAGAACUUGAUAACAGUAUUCCGUAUCCAAGAGCGGGCAGAAGGUGGAGAGGUGCAAGAGCUGGAUCAGGUGAUACUUACAGCGUUGUUCCGAGCGCAGCACCUGUCACCCAGUGAACAGCUAUCGUUGGCUCUCACUUGGAAUCGAGUGGACAUCGCAAGGUCGGAGAUCUUCGUCUACGGACAAGAGUGGCCGAGAGGCGCUCUCGAUGAAGCAAUGAUGCAGGCGCUGGAACACGACCGCAUAGACUUCGUGAAGCUUCUCCUAGAAAACGGAGUUUCCAUGAGGAAGUUCCUUACGAUACCUCGCUUAGAAGAGUUGUAUAACACAAAGAGUGGGCCUAGCAACACUUUACGGUACAUUCUGAGGGAUGUAAGACCACAUCUGCCGAGAGGAUACAUGUACACACUACAUGAUAUUGGUUUAGUCAUCAACAAGCUUAUGGGAGGCGCAUAUAGGUGCUACUACACGCGUCGCAAGUUCCGUCCGAUAUACGCUAAGGUGAUGAACAAGAGCGUGAACGUUCACCGCAACAGCGCUUCCUUCACCCGCCACAACGCCGGCGGGCUGUCACUCAUCACCGGCUUCAUGCCCGUCACUACAGAGAUGGCGCUGUUCGACUAUCCUUUCAAUGAACUUUUGAUGUGGGCAGUACUAACAAAGCGGCACCAAAUGGCUCUACUAAUGUGGACCCACGGGGAAGAGGCCCUAGCCAAGUCUCUCGUGGCCUGUAAGUUGUAUAAAGCGAUGGCGCACGAAGCCGCUGAAGAUGAUAUGGAGACAGAAGUAUAUGAGGAACUAAGGCAUUAUGGCAAGGAGUUUGAGACCAAAGCAUUAGAGUUACUGGACUACUGUUACCGCCAAGACGAUGACCAGGCCCAGCAAUUAUUGACCUGCGAGUUGCAAAACUGGUCUGGACAGACCUGUCUCAGCCUAGCCGUAGCCGCCAACCAUAGAGCCCUAUUAGCCCACCCAUGCUCACAGAUAAUCCUGGCCGACCUAUGGAUGGGAGGCCUUAGGACACGGAAGAAUACCAACCUCAAGGUAAUACUGAGCCUGCUGUGUCCGCUGUACAUACUCCAAUUGGAGUUCAAGUCGAAGGAGGAACUGCAGCUGAUGCCGCAAACGGAGGAGGAGCAUCUGGAGAACGAGAGCAUGGAAGACGAUAGAAGCACCAAGGACCCCAAUGACGCGGAGGUGGGGGUGAAACGACGAACGCUGUCUAUAAAGAAGAUUAUUCCCCCGGGACAGCCGGGUAAAACGGACAAGACGCAGGCGUUGAUUGGCUCAGGGGCCGAAUGCGAGACCCGAGUAGAUCAGAACGGGAAAGUUGGCAAAAUAGGCUGGGAACUGUCGUACAGGGAACUACCGGAGUAUCACGUGCCUGAGGAUAAGAGGAUGAGACCUUUAAGACUGAGGAAGAAAAUUUAUGAGUUCUUUACGGCACCUAUCACUAAGUUCUGGGCUGAUUCAAUUGCAUACAUAUUGUUCCUACUGAUGUUUACGUAUACAGUAUUAGUCAAGAUGAACCCGACACCAUCUUGGCCAGAAAUAUAUUCUAUUUGUUAUAUAAUAACGUUCUUAUGUGAGAAAAUUAGGGAAAUUGUUACGUCCGAGCCUGUUGCUAUUAGACAUAAGUUCAGCGUGUGGGCAUGGAACAUGUGGAACACGUAUGACGCUGGUUUUAUAAUAUUUUUCCUGGUCGGUCUGACGCUGAGAUUCCGACCCGGCUCCAUGGACGUCGGCAGAGUUAUAUACUGCGUCGAUAUUAUUUAUUGGUACUUAAGGAUAUUGAAUAUAUUGGGUGUUAAUAAGUACUUAGGACCUCUAGUCACAAUGAUGGGUAAAAUGGUUAAAAAUAUGAUAUACUUCGUGGUGCUAUUACUAGUCGUACUCAUGUCAUUUGGAGUGGCAAGACAAGCCAUCCUGUAUCCAGAUAAGGAAGCAAGCUGGUAUCUGAUUAGAGAAAUAUUCUUCCAACCUUACUUCAUGUUGUACGGCGAGGUGUUCGCGCCGGACAUCGACCCGCCCUGCGGGAUGGACGUCAGCGACAGCAAGUGUGUCACGGGCCGCUGGAUCACGCCCAUCGCGAUGACCAUCUACCUCCUCGUCGCGAACAUAUUGCUCAUAAACCUCCUUAUCGCCGUCUUUAAUAAUAUAUUUAACGAAGUCAAUGAAGUCUCGCACCAGGUCUGGAUGUUCCAAAGAUUCACAGUAGUUAUGGAAUACGAGCAGAAGCCAGUUCUUCCACCUCCUCUAAUUAUUUUCUGUCACAUAUACGCGACUUGUAAAUGGGUGACAAGAAAUGUAUCCCACAAAAGGUUUCAAUAUGAUAACGGCCUUAAACUCUUCUUGGAAAAGGAAGACAUGGAGAGAUUAUAUGAUUUUGAAGAGGAGUGUGUUGAGGGCUAUUUUAGGGAACAAGAAAUUAAAUUAUCAAAUUCAUUAGAAGAAAGAGUUAGGAAUACAACAGAUAGAGUAGAACAUAUCACGACCAAAAUGGAAGACUUAAAUCAAAAAGCUAAUUGCCAAAUACAAUCGAUUCAGAGCGUAGAAUUUAGGUUAAGAAAAUUAGAAGACGUUGCGGAACAAACGAUGAAUCACUUGGCGGUGAUACAUCGGUUUAUGGCUACACACCCGUCACUCGUCAACAGAGGGUCCACAGACACUUUAGGACCUCCUCCUCCGACUUUCCAAGCCAGUGGGUCAAGGCUGCGGACUGCUAGUGAUAGAUCUGAGGUGCUGUCGGACAGCGACACGGGCGUGGCGCGCUUCACGGUGCGCCCCGUGCAGGAGGAGGACGAGGCCUCGCAGCCCUCCGACGAUGAAAUGCCUCAAUCUGGACCGGAAGUAGUCACCGAGAAGGAGCCAGAGGCAGAUACAGUGUCAAAUUCUUCUGGUGCUAGUGUAGCCGGUCCCGAUGUGACUGUUGUCAAACCAACAGUGAUCACACCAGCGAGACAGCGAUCAUCAGACAGCAAUAGAACGGAACCGAGUGAUGAUAAAAAAGUGCCGUCUUCCACGGAUGACGCGUUCUUGCCGGAGGUACGCGAAGUGCCUCCAGACAAUCACAGCCUGCGCCCGCGCACCACCUCCGCUGGUACUAGGCGCACUGCGAAUGCGAGACGGCGCUCUGAAGGUGGUAACGACUGUGGUAUGGGAGGUCCAUAUUCCACCCAACAUUUGGCACCUCGCAGACAGCACAGUCAAACGCACUCGGAGCCUGACAAUUCUGCUGUCGACGCGAGUUCGCUGCAUAAUUCCGUAACGGGUCGUCAAUCAGGUUGGGAGGCGACGGGCGGCGCGGCGGGCGCGCCCUCCGGGCGGCGGGUCGGCGCCGCUCCACGUUCGCUGUUGCUCGCUAUGCACGAGUACACCAGCAUCACGGACGAGCUGGAGACCGUGUAUGGGCUGUUCUCGCCGCCGCAUACACCGAGGACACCGAUCACCACUCGGUUAUUGUCACCCGCGCGAGCAGCAUCGCCUUCAGUGCGGAGGCGACACGCAAGCGAGAUGUCCAACCCGGAGUUCGCGCUUUAUAUGGAGAAGGAACAUUUGCGAGGAGCUGAAGAAGACGACUAUAUUAUAAUGGAGAAUUUGAUACAGCGCCGCCUAGAAAUGGAGUCUAUACUGGGCAGAUACGAUGAGGAGGACAACGCGGAUGGCGCCGAGAUGAGCGGCAUCAGCAUCAGCGUGUGCGUCAACACCAGCGGGGAGGAGCCGCAGCAACAGCCGCCCACUACUUCCACGCUGUUGACGGUGGAUAGGCGGCUACCGCAUCAGAGGCACUCAUUACGGCGAUCGUCGGCGAUAGACAGUCGGGAGUUACCGUCCCCGCUCCAGCCGCUGCUCGGUGACGACGCUUGCGGGGAAGUUCUAUUGCCUGUACCAAGACAACCGUCCGGCGAGACCAACGCGUCGAGUGACCUCUCCAUGUCCCACAUGGUUAGCGAGAACCUACCACCGCGUCCAUCUAUAGUGUUGGACUCGUCUCAGUUGCCGAGGCAACGUUCUGCGGAACAACCCCAGCAACCGCAACCACCAGCGCCAUCUAGACCUGAAACUAUGUGCUAAAUAAAAAAAAUAACAAAAAAAUCUGUACUUAUAGAACUUUUCUUUUUUAGAGAAUUUGAGAUAUUUGUUAUUAAAUAUUUUGUAUGUGCAAUUGUUAAUAACUUUCAAGAGAUUUAUAACAGUCGAAUCCGAGGUAAGUUGAUGUAUUAAACAUGUAUCAUCCUUUGAUAAAAACCCUUUGUGUAUUAUAUAUAACAUACAAUUUAAAUAUUGAAAUAUUUUUGAGUUUUUUAUUCAAUGUAUUUUUGAAAAAGUAUAACAAAGCCAGUAUAUAUAAAACUUUCGUACGUAUAAAAAUAAAUUUCCAACGUUCAAAAAUACACCAGUUUUAUAGCUAACAGUGUCCACAAAAACGUUUCGUAACUCGCAUAGAAAGUUUGUAAAUACGGAUUCGCUUUUACGUAAUUAAACGAUUUUCAACUUUUGCCAUUAAACUUUAUUGCCCAGGCAGGCCGUUUUAACUUCUUUAUAUUUAUACAACUUUCAGUGUUCAAGAAUGUUUAAUAAUAAAAAAUAAAAUCACCUAGCGUUUAACCAUAUAAGAGCUUCACCUAUUUCAAGACAUGUGGCUUAAACGAAACAAAUAGCUGUCGUUCUGUCAAAGUGACGUAUGUCGUUUGUUUUGGCGGGAAAAUUGUCCAAUUGGGAUUGUUAGAUACGCAUUGUUGAGUUAAAUAAAAGUGACAACCUCGUUUAAUACUGUCAUCAUAAAAGGAAAAAAUAUUUGUCUCGUCAUAAACAUUUAUAGCGUAUUUUAUUUGAGAACGAUGGUUGACAUUUUUUAAUAUAGCAUGGCUAAAUUCUGAAAGAUAAUUCAAUACAUAGAAUACCUUAUAGUCAAAUUCAAGUUUAAUUUGAACAAAAUUAUGAUUGAUUUAUUCCAUUAUAAGCUCUAUGUUUAUUACAAACAAAAUACCUAUCAAGAAUAAUUUAAUCGCUUGAUCCCGGUGUAAUUUACGCUAUCCUAUUCCACUAUUGCUUUUGUUCCAAUUGGAUUUUAUUGCUAAUUUCGCAUUGAAGUAUUGCAUGGAAUCAAUUUCCUCUCAUUUUUUCCAAUUUAAUUUGAAGAAUGAGUUUCCAUGGUCCGUACAAUGUAAAAAAAAACUGUAAAAUAUCGCGCUAAUUCUGCAGUGUAGCUAUAAAUUUGAUGCCGCUUUAAUGCACGGACUGUUUACACCCCCGAAGUUGUAUGCUGGAUGAGAAACACCCGACUGUGUACCGCAAUGCGUUGUAAUAGAGUUAGUUUUCGUGUAAACAAUAUCUUUUCGAUUUGGUUAACGAUCCAGUAUCGUCGAUACCGAUGAAAUAGUAUUCAAAGCGAUUCAUUUCCCACGACUUGCACUCCUACGUGCGAUUAGGAACUAGUGGUAGCCUAGAGUCGUUACAAUUUUGCUCAGCUUCAGACUUAAAAAUACAUUUACUAUUAAUGUUUUUUUUUACUACAGUUUUUGGCAUACCUACAUUAACACUUACAAUAUUGCGCUUAAUUUAAGAAAUCAAUGUUUUUACUGUAAGUAAUGCAAUGAAUGAGUACGCGAAUAUAAUAUGUGAUAUAUUUCUUAUAUACUUCUAUAUAAUUCGUUAUCUUUUAUAUGAAAAUCAAAAGAAAGCAAAUUAAAUGAAAUUUUAUAAAAAUAGCGAUGCACUCAAAUAAAGAAAGAUUUCAUUUGCUUCGUGCACGUCAGCAAGUCUUUUUAUUUGCCAACGACAGGCGUACCAUGAUUUAAAUUCGGUGUGCGUCUGAAAGCUUGUUGAAUAAGCCUGAAUUAUUAUCUAAACCAAAAUGUCAACAUGUCGCAUACAAUCAGUUCGCAAUGCUCUAAUUUCCCCAUUUUAAUUAAUAAGGUAUGAUAUCAAACGUCACCGAAUAUUUUGCUUAGUAAUUAAUAUACAAGUUCUAUACAGCAAUCCAUAUUAGUUAUAGACAAGGUUAGUUGGAAUAAAACGGAUUCUAUUUUGUGUUAAAAUAUGCAAAAUAAUGAAUAUCUGUGAGUGAAUACAUGUUACGUAUAGUUCACUUUUUUUUUCGCGGAUUUAGUAAUUAAUGAUUUGUAUAUAACUUGGCUUUCAUAGAUUAAAUGAGGUUGUCACGUGCAAUGAAAAAUGAAGAGAUGAAUACAAAAUAUAAAAAAACAGAUUCAGAAUAAAAUCACACAAAACAAACUUAUAGAAUACCUACAAUACUCAAACUGAAAAGCUUUCGAUAUUUGCAAGACUAGCAAUAAGAAUGAAAAUGAGGAACAAUAAAGAUCGUCGCGCUAAAGUGCAUCUGAAUGGGAAAAUUAUGAUCAUUAUAAAUCUGCAGCGACUUUGCAUUUCUUUGAAUACAUUAUGGCGCUCACUUUGUUCUCUUAUUCCUCUAGUUUGUUUAACAACAAGUCGGAAUGUAUUUAAGAAUGUACUCUUACGUAUGUAGGUAAGAGUAAAGUAUGUACUUUAUGUUCUUUCAUAUACGAAACAACUUUAAUAUUUAUUUAUUAGUAAUUUUCAGUAUUUGUAAUUUCCAUAACAGAUUAGAAAAUAUCACUUGAUAUGAUAUUUCACUCACUUUGACUUGGAACUCAAAUCGUUUUUUUGAAUGCCAAAUGCGAAAAAGUGUUGAUAAUUUUUUAUAUCUGCAAUAGUACUUUAUAAAUAUCGAAACUUUAUUAACAGUUUUAAUCUGAACGCAGAUAAAUAAAUGACAUUAAAUUUAAAUUCGAGCCUGUUUAAAAAGAUUUACGUAUCAAUCAUGUAUAAUGGAAAUUUGUAUUUAAUAACACAGUGUAUGAAACCAAUCUCUUAUUCAUAAAAUAUUUUUAAUCUUCAUGUAGAUUAUGGUCAGUAAUUUUGUAUUUCGUAACAUGAAAAUCAUGUUUUAGUACAAUCAAUUUAAAUGUGGUACAAGGUACAAAUAAAAUAAAGGAUCUUUUCUCAAAAUAAAUAGGGAGAAAUAACUACAUUUUUAAAAACUCGUGUGCAAUGCUCCGCCAAUAUUUUUGAUUCAAAUAAUAACGAAUAAUAAUGAUGAUCUAAUUGUUUAUUAUUAACACUUAUAAGUGUAAUUGGAUUUUCAGUUCUUUGGAACACAAUAAGCAUUAUAUUAUUUUAAUUUCAUCUUGGUAUAAAUAUUGUACAGCAUAGAAUACGAUUAAUAUUCAGACAAUACAAUCUAUGUGAGGUGUAAAUAUCGUUGUCGAGAAACCGUUAAAUUUUAUUGGAACUGAUUUAAAAAUAAUGUUAAUUCCUAUUGUAACGUUAUAGUCGUAAAUUAGAACUAGAUGAAGCUUUUUCUCGGAAUUGAUUGAGAAUUAGAAAUGAAGUAGGUUUUAUAUGAAACCUUUUUGCUAAUCGCUAAACAUUUUUAAUCUCGGCAAGAUAGUGCUUAAUUUUUAAUCCUUUUUAAACAUAUCAACUGUAUCUGUACAAAAUUGAUGUGCAAUUUAUCAAACAUAAUCAUUUAUCGUAACGGAUUUUUAUAUAAUAUUUACAGAGUUUGAUUUUACAACUUUUGUUAACCAUCAAAUUUCAUCACAAUGUGUUCAAUUAUACCAAAUAUUUUGUGCAACCCUCUGGAACUAUAGUGUAUAUAAUAGAAUCAUCGAUUAUAUAGAGUUUGUAAUAACAUAUGUAAAUUUUAGAAACAUUAUUGUAAGGUAGCAAAUGCAAUAAACAAAAUGUUUAAUGUAAGUGACGGUACAAAAAAUGCAACAUAAUUUCAUAUGAAAAUGCAUAAUCCUUAUGAUAUAGUAUUUAACAUAAUUUAUAUAUAUAUUCGUAUUCUAGUAACAUACAUCAACUCUAAAUGUAUUUCAAUGAUAAUUAUAUAAAUGAUGAAUUGAAAUAAUAAAAUAUAUUCUGCAUAUUAUGGCCAAUUAUCUUUUUUGUACCGCCAGCUAUACCAAUGAACUGUGUUUACACGAAACUUAAUAAAUAUAAGAAAAAUCGUGUAUUAAGAGUUUAAACGCUUUUCAUAUCAAAACAUCGACUCAUCGGACGAUAUAAAAGUACUUAAUAUAAAAUAUUUCAAUUGUCAUAAUAGAAGUAUAAUUAGAAAAUCAACAGACACGUUUAUUUUGCGUCUGGAUCACUCGAUGUACUUAGUAAAUUAAUUAUUUCUUCGUAAAUGUAAUGUAAAUGUUGAUUGUUGUUUUUUACUGAAAAGUGCGACUGAAUAUCUUCAUCACUUCGCUGGAAGAGACAUAUUAUAGCGAUAUUUUUACAUUUUAUCUUAUAAUUAAUUUAAUAUAAAUAUUCAGGUACGCAUCUAUGAUAUUAUUAUUUUAUAUCAGAAAAUUUUCUCAUACCUUUUCUAUAUUACUGUUCUCUGUUAGACCAAUUGUUUUAAAUGUUUGUGGAUGAUUUAUGAGUAUUUUUCGGUUACCAUUCACUUAAAACACAUUAUAUUCUGCAAAAAUAUCGCUAUAAAUUUCUCUUACAAGGGCAGUUGUUGCGAAUGCACAAACAUUUUAUUCCUAUCGACUUCGCUUUAGCACAAUAUUUAUGAGUAAUUUCAAUGAAUUGUCCUUAUUGGGAUUCCUUAUUAGCCGUACAAUUCGUCAGUUUCUCUAAGUGAUAGUUAAUAUCUGUGUUAUACAAAUGUGUGUACAAUGGUACAAUAAAUAUAUUUGUAAUAAUUA